CCCCCCCCCCCUCCCCAAUAAUGUCGGAUCGGAAGGAAUGAAGAGAAGGAAGAUUCGGUCAUUUUCGUCUGCACGAGAUCCUGUUUGUUGUGCCGGCGGUGAGGCCUCCUUGGACUUUUUUUAACUGGUCCGGGGCACACUGCCUGGAAGAAUGCCAAGGGCACAGCUUCGAGCGCACUCACCAUCCCCGAUGAACACGAGACCGACAUUAAGGGAAUCAGCGCCGCGGCCCUCCUCAGUCGUCGAGGACAGUGGCGGUGAACCAACCAUGAUCCCGUCGCGGCCUCAGAGCCUGGCUCUCAUGCCCGCGGCCUCAUCAUGCUCGAACCCAGAGUCGCCCCCAUCAUUGAGGGACAUUCUCAGCAACGCCGCGCCACCACCUUACACACUCGGCGCAUUCACGGCUUUCCUGUCUCAGAACCACUGCCUGGAGACGCUCGAAUUCACAUUGGACGCUGACCGCUAUAGGACGGCGUACUCUGAUUUUGUGAGGGAACAGGCGGCCGGAUACGGAGAGGCCGGCGAGCGCGCGUGUGCCGUUUGGCAGAAGAUUAUCAACGCUUACAUAUUACCUUACGGCCAUCGCGAAGUCAACCUCCCAGCCCACGUCCGGGAUCGUCUUCUGUCGCUGCCUGCCACCCCCCAGCCUCCAGACCCGUCGGAGCUGGACGAGGCCGUGAGGAUUGUUUACGAAUUGAUGAACGAUUCGGUGCUGGGACCCUUCCGGGCGUCCGUCUCGGCCCAGUUGGAGGAGUCCGCCCGGGGCGAAUCGUACGACCCGAAGCAAGCCCGAUCACGGCUGCGGAUCCCGAAGGAUCAGUCAUCAAGCUCCGAAGAGUCCAGCCGGUCACCGAGGAUAGGGUUGUUGCCUUUGCUCAACAUGCCUUGGUCCAGCGAACCCAAGAGCUCGACCUCGUCGUCCAGUGACCCUGCAGAGCGGGCGGGUUUCACAGACGAGAGCGCCAACACGUCGUCACCGACCUCAAACGAGCCGAUGACACCGCCCACCACCCCACCGCUCUCCAACCUGGGGUUCACUGGCUCUCCCGGUGGCCUGCCGAAGGCCGCCAGCUCCCACACUAGCGGCUGGAAGAAGAUGGGAGCCAAACUCGGCCUGGGUAGGAUGGGCCGUAGCAAACGCGGCCACAGUUCGAGCGCCACCUCAGCUCCGGUCGAUGUUGACGUCCACCGUCGCGACCCGGACCAGCCCAGACGCAAGACCAACCCGUUAUAGGGGUUACAGGUCAUACCGGUCCCUGAAGACACCGUUACAACCUCCCUUGUCAGUGCCUCGCCAUCGGAGCCCGCGAAGGCUGCCGAACACGUCGCACUCCAGACUGACUAUCAGACGCCAUGCGCGUCGGGAGAAUGGGAGGAGCCGCACCCGGGUCAGCGGUAUUCGAUUACCAUCUUGGGGAACGCGGGCCCGGGUGCUGGCAACUGCAGCCUCAGCUGCAACGGUGUCAGCAAGACCGGCAUGGCCGCAAAAGCUUAUGCACCAUACCCCGCGAGCCGAGGGCGGG